AAAUUUCAGUAUUUUAGUUAUCAUUUGAUUACUUCCUCAUGCAAUUCAGUUCAAAUUGAACAGUAAUAAGGAAUUUGGUUUUUGGGUAUUUCAAAUAAAAUUUUCGUUAAAUAUGGCUCAAAAUUUACUUAAUCGUCUAGCCGUUAGUUCCAUAAUGCGGCUUAAUCUUCAGCGACAAGUCAAAAAUCGCACCAUGCCCAUUCGCAUGAUGAGUAAGAAGAAACAGAAAGGCAACAAAGAUGGAACUUGUCCCAAGGACAACAAAUGCGGAGACAAUCAAUUCUUUGGUGGUUGCUUCAAGAAGGAACCUGAAUUCAAGUGUUCGGAGAAAAAGGAGAAGCCCAAAAGAUGCCGAGAUCCAUGCAAAGAUGGGCCGUGUAAACAAGGCAGAGAUUGAAAUAAUUUAAAAAAACCCACAGCCUACGCAAUGAAUUCCACAAUAUUCGGAAAAACAAGAAACUGACACAUUUUGUAAAAUUAUAAGUCCAUGCACCCAUCAGAACCCACCACCCAAGAAAGACGGCCAAGGAGAGAGAGAAAGGGAACUGUAGGGACUAACAAAGGCGAAACUAUGGCAAAUAUUUAGCUUCCCCUGUGCUAGUCCCUGCACUAUCCCCAAGACAAUAAGUAACGCAAAAUAAACCUAAUCUGAAUUCCCACAA